AUGGCUCGUAUAGAUCCUGAAAUCCUAGAGCCCGCUGACCUGGGGCGAGUGCUCUCAUUUUACCAACGUCUUAAUCAUAUUGGUUUGCGCAUAUCCCCAAGCCCUGAGCUUAACAUUGUAUUUGCGAUGACGCAAGCUAUCUCAGUAGGAGUUCCAGGUCCUAGUUAUUUCGCCGGGCUUACCAGCAGUGAAAUUGAAACCAAAAUACAAGCUACUGUUACUGAAGCUUCCAAGUGGGCCUCUGUAGUGGAGCAAUAUUUCUUUAACAACCCGGAUGGCACCUUUCACCUCAAGAUCUGGAGGAUGGAGCCCUGUGAUUCAGUUGAAAUCCCAGCGCUAGUUGAAGCAACUUCUGCAGCCUUCGUAAAAGGUCGAAGAAUUAUUGACGGUUCGACAAAAGUGGUGCCAAAGCAGGAACCCAAGCAAGAACCCAAGCAGGAAUCCAAGCAGGAAACUUCGAAGAAAGCUGGCCACUCUGAUACCAAGCAUGGAAAAGGGAAGCAGUGGUCCAAGGGGUCCGGUGGCAACAAGAGGCGCAACAAUGAAGACAAGCAAGCUAGAAAGUCGAACUCUGAUGGUCAAAACAGAGUUGCUGCCUUGAAAGCUACCGAAUACCUUGAGGUGGCUCGCGACGAUGUUGAAACUCUUUGCUCUGUUGCUCGGGCUAUCCAAGACAUAUUUGAUAAUGACGGCGGAAGCAGUGAUUAUUCGCCAGUUGCUUUUCUUCCACCUGCCAACCAAAUCGCCUCUGUGGGUGAAACAAAUCUUCCAAAUGUUCUCGAUUCUGGAAAUGCUACUGGUCACCUUAUCUCAGACAACAGCUACUUUGUGUCGUAUGAGAAAUACAGCAGCCCCAAAACUAUCAGCUCCUAUGGUGGUUCCGACAUCGUGUUAGAAGGGGAAGGUAAAAUUGCUGUUGUAUUAAAAGGUGACGGUGGCACCAAUAUUUGCCAUAUUGCUGACGCACUUUAUUUUCCUGCUGGGUCUAGCAAUUUGUUUUCUGAUUCUGUCUGGCGCACGCACGAUGUUUCUUUUCAUACGGUCCCAAGUGGGGAUUGUCUGGCCUAUUUUGGUGAGGAAAAGGUUGGUAGGGUUGGCGGUGCCAGAGAUGCCAAGUCUCACAUUUGUGCCAACAUUGUUCCGGUAAAGUUUACUAGGAAUAUCGUACCUCCAACUGGAUCUUUCAAGUUCUCAGGAAAUUCAAUUGACUGGGAUCAGAUUUGCAGACAAGGACCAGAAGCUAUGAGGAAGGUUGAUAAAUCAGCCUUCGCGGUUGGAAAGGGACUACCUGUCCUUUCACAGUCUCUCAAAUUUAUUGCAAAGGAGGCCGUGUUGAAUUCGCAGGCACUUGACUGUCAUGUUCGUUUUGCUCAUUGCUCUUUGACUUCGGUGAAACAUUUAGCCAAGCUUGCUGAUCCUCCCUUUGAGGUGACCAAGCGUGACGAAGAAUUGAUCAAGGACUGUGUCAUAUGUGGCACGUCAAGAAGCAUUAAGAGGUUCACUUCUCCGGAUAAGCAUAUAGCUUCUGAAUCCACGGCUCCGUUAGCCCAGAUUCAUGCUGAUCUCGUCGGUCCCAUAGGUCCUGCCUCUUCAGGGGCCAGGUACAUGCUGAAUAUCAUUGAUGCAUUUUCUGGUUACAUCUAUGCUUUUGCUCUGGAAUCUAAGGAUGAAGCUCCUGGGAAACUUAUCCAGUUCUUUAAGCAGUUUGUGCCCAAAGCUGCUCGCCGUGCUGUUGACGGCAAGGCCACCAAGCUUAUUACUGACAAUGGUGGUGAAUUUAUCUCUGGGACACUUGGAAAAUUUUUAGCAGACUGGGGCGUCAUUCAUAUUUUAACUGCUCCUGAUGAACACCAACAAAAUGGGAAAAUUGAGCGUGCCCACCGCACACUGCGUGAGAUAUCUACUAGAGCCUUGAUGCAGUCGACACUCUGGGCCAAUAUCUACUGGGACUCUGCCUGGCUCUACGCUGUGCAGGUAUAUAAUUUCUCCAUAGUUAAUAAAGCCGGUAUCUCACCUUAUGAAGCCUUUACGGGCAGAAAACCACCUAUAGCACUAGUGCACACAUUUGGCUGCCUAGUUUUUGUCAUUAAAUCUGAGUCUCAGAAACUCAAAGGGACCCUUCAGCCUCGGGGCGAGCCUGCUCUGUAUUUGGGUCCCGACCCGUUAAAUCCUAAGAAUUUUCUAUGCAUUACGAGGAACAAGCGCAUUCGGCGCUGUGUACACGGCAACUUUCGUGACCAUGUCUUGCCUGGCGUUAAAUUUUUUGGCGAAAAGCCAAUUUACGAGGGUGACAUUCUCAUUGACUACAGUGAGGUUGGAAAUCGUGACCCUGACUACAGUGACUCUUCCACUGAUGAAUCAGAAAGUGAAGAUGAAUCUGACUCUGACGACUACUCUCCCACUUCACUCUCUGGUGGUGGUGGUGGUGGUAACUUUGGCUGGACCUAUGUGGGCUCUGAGGAAAGGAGCCACAGAUCCAGCAGAUUGGAGGACCAGGAUUCUACUUCUACACCACCGACACCUAUAACUGAAAACUCUUUUCAACCGUUGGAAGAUGUUGAUGUGGAGCUGGUUGCAGAUGAGUCAAUUAGUGUUGGUGACGACAAAGAUACACUUCAGUCUGAGGACCAUAUAUUGCUCGAAGAUUCUACUGUUGAUGAUGGUGAUUUGAGAUCGGUGAACUCCAACGUAGCUGGUCGCCCUGGUUCCGAAGAUACUGACGAAGAUUUUUCUCACGAAAAUUCAUUUUCUGAACAUAUGGUAAAGCUCCAGAAAGCCUUUGCUCCAGGAACUCAGUCGCCCUCAGUGGUGGCUCAUCAAACAAGUCCGGUGACUCUUCCCAAACAACUACACAUUUUGGAUGAGGAUGACAGUGUGGAUCUUGCGCUGUCUGGAACUGCUGAACUUACCCGCGAGGCUUCAGCUGUUGAAACCGCUAGCCAAUCUGGUGAUGACAAUCAGGAUGCGGUUGACUCAGAAACCAAUGAUGAAGACAUGGAUGGGUCUGUGGAACAUAUACUGGGUUUCGACGAAUUGGAAGACUCAUCAGAUUCUGAAUUUUCGUCUAGCGACGUUGUCAUGGAUUCCUCUACUAAGUUGGAGGAAGCUCCUGCGAGAGAUGUCGGGGUGCCGCAAGGUUUAGGUGACACUCAAGGUACUGCUACAAGCACAAAUAAUCCUGCCAGCAAUCAACUGGUUUUGGCGGCGGCGGAACUUGUACGGGCCACCACCGAGCUAGUAGAAACUACGACGUCUGCAAAUCGGUCUGCCAGAAUGGCUGAGGCGGGCGGUAGUAGGAAGAGGCAUCUAAAUUUAGCGAGAUUAAAAUCUGCGCUGGAACGUGCUGGUCAGCCAGAAAAUCGUCGUUUACAUGCCGGUAGGCGGAGCCAAGUGGCUGGCUCCUCAGGUAUACGGCAGGAGCUACCGGAGCUACCCCCAGCGCCCUCCUCUGAGAGGCUGUUGCUGGGAGCUGGUGGUUCUGAUACUGUUACUACUGCUGCAUCUGGAAGUGGCAGUGAACUGAGAGACACUGCUGAGAUUGAUCGCCCACGCUUACCGCCUGCACCAUCUACUCAGAGGCUCCUGCUAGAGUAUGGGCGAGCAGGGGAUGCUACAAGCUUUGGGGACAAUACAAGCGACGUGCGGCACAGCUCCGUGCAACAAAAUCGACAUAUGCCACUUCCGGCUCCACCCUCGAGACGGUUGUUGUUGGCAGCUCCUCCUCCGUCUUCUUCUGAACAUGAUUCGCAAACUGCUGGGCAAGUAGUUGUUCGACAAACAAGCCAACACUCAGCUCCGGCAGAAGCCCAACAGCCUCUUGCUAAUACUGGAAGAAUUACUAGGUCUGCUGCGGGUACUGCGGGUGCUGCGGGUGCUGCGGGUGCUGCGAGAGUGCCUGCUCCGUCGUCCAGACACCGUCAUCGAGAAGCCUCUCGGGACACAGUUGUUGUUAACAAAAGAUUAGCUGAUUUGAUUGAGCAAAAUGGCUAUUAUGUUCCUAACAGUGCACUUCAGCGGCUGGCGCGAAAAGAAAAUUCUUCAUUAAUUCUAAAUCGCACAAAUCUAAUUACCCGGCCUACUGAUAACCUUCCACUAAAAGUAGUCUCAGAAAAUUCGACUUCAAACUCCUCACCAAGAUUGGAAAAUGAAGCCUCAAAUGGUUCUCCCACAACACCCUCUACCUCUGCUUCUUUGUCCUCGGAAUCAUCUGCACAUUCGGAGCCAGUGGUUACAUCACCAACCUCCUCUGCUGUGACGUCUCCCACAUUAGAAAGUUCUUCUUCUCGUCGUGAUCACCAAACCACUCCUCCCUCGUCAUCGAAUCGCAUGCUGUCGAUAGCACAACGCAAUAUCUUACGCACAUCGGGCUUACUUUGGGGCUCUCGCUCUUCCGACCGGCACAGUGACAAACUGAAACUCUCGAACUCUGAGUCAGCUUUGGACUCGGAAUCUAGGUCACUGCUGCAUGGUCUGCCAGCUCGUGAGGGUUCAACACUGAGAGCCCCACACGGCCACCUCCAGGGUACACCGAAUCUUAGAUUCAACCCCACUCCCGAUGCGGUUCCCUUUCUUUCUCACACUCACUCGGCAACACACAAUGUCCCUGCUACGUCAGCAUCAGUAGAUGAGGACUCAGUCGUUAGCACUGACUCGCAGUCCCACUCUCCCGCCUCCACAACCGAAGCUGAUGUUGAGGCUACAAGCGAUGAAAUCUCAAUUGCAGCACCCUACAAUUCUGACUCUCAGGGCUCAUCAGAACACUUAGCUGACGGCAUUGACUUCUUACAUGAAACUUUUGUUUCUUCGCCUGCUGAUGAUGAAAUUAUUUUGUUGAUGAAUCGGCAAGCCCAUCAGGAGAUCCAACCAACUGUGAAAGCCCGCAUGGCGUCUGGAAGACUUGACACACUCAGCGCUAUUAACAUUAAGCUUCCAAUUUUGAGGAAUGACAUCAAAGUGUUAGAAUCUAGCAAACCAGGUCUCUGCUUUACGGCUCCUGAUGUGGAGAAUGUUAGAGCUCUUAUCAGCGACAGAGAUUGGGCAGAUCUUAAGGACCGUCCUGCCUUCAUUCGAUUUCCGAAUGUGGGAGUGGCGCUGCUCGACCCUGGCAAGAAGCUAAAAAGGGACCCACGGUCACUUGCGGAAGCCAACAACAGAGAAGAUAAGCGCUUCUGGUUCGAUGCGGCCUAUUCGGAAUUUGCUGCCAUUGAUGGCAAUCAUGUAUACCAAGUUGUGCCCCUCCCGGCGGGUCGCAAAGCACUUGGCACCAAAUGGGUGCUGAAGAAGAAACUCAACACGGAUGGUUCAAUUGACAAGUACAAGGCUCGUCUUGUUGUUCAGGGGUUUCGUCAAAAGUUUGGUGUUGACUAUGUUGACACCUUUGCACCGGUAAUGAGAUUCAGCACUGUUCGUCUCAUUUUCGCCCUAAGUGCGGCGAAGAACUGCGAAAUGCACCACGUCGAUGUUAAAAAUGCUUUCUUGAAUGGAGAUCUAGAAGAAGACAUCUAUGUCAAGCCACCAACAGGAAUUGACCAUAAUACCCCUCCUGGCAUGAAGCUUGUUGACAAGUUGGAAGCUCUAGGUUACAAAGCUGCCAAGAAAGAACCCUGUCUCUUUUACAAGAUUAAUGGCAAAGACUUCAGUAUUAUAGGUCUUUAUGUUGACGACAUCUUAACGGCGUCAAACGUACCGGGAGAAUUCGAGCGGUUUUUCAAGGGCCUAUCUGGUUACUUUGCCAUCAAAGAUGAAGGUGGUGUUAACAAAUUCUUGGGAAUCAGAGUCCAAGACUCCGACAGGACGAUAUCUCUGGAUCUGGAACACUAUAUUGCUGACAUGAUUGAGGUUUUCAAAUUGGGUGAUCAAACAGCUAAGUCGAUACCGUUGCCCAAGAAACAUGGCCUUGAUUUCCCACAGGGCCUCGAUGCUCGUCCAGCUAACCAAUCGCUAUAUCGCAGCAUUCUUGGCAAGCUACAGUUUGCUGCUCAGACGGCUCGUCCAGACAUUGCCUAUGCUACAGGCAAGCUUGCUCAGUAUUCGAGUGACCCUAGAGCCAUUCAUAUGGAUAGAGCUUAUCAUGUUCUGAGCUACCUCAAAGGCACUAAGGACCUGGCAAUUGUCUAUCACAAAAAUGUACCAGGCGCCUCUCCGCGGCUUCUGAGAGGCUGGUCAGAUGCCGAUUGGGCAAACGAUCCUGACAGGAAGUCUAUCUCAGGCUUUGCAUUCUCCCACGGUCCUUCAACCUUCUCUUGGAAGUCGGCCAAACAGAAGCUGACAGCAACUUCCACAACCGAGGCUGAGCUGAUUGCCGCUUUUUCUGCCACGUGUGAGGCAGUUUACUUCCGAGAUCUUUUGGAAGAACUUGGUGAAUCUCAACCAACGACUGUCAUCAUGGAGGACAACAAAGGUGUCCUGGAUCUCAUGAAGGACAGCAAACAUCACGAGCGGACUAAACAUAUUGAUACCAAGUACAUGCGCACCAGAGACCAUGUCAAAGCCGGCGAUACCCGUCUUGAAGCUGUUGCUUCAGCAGAUAAUGUGGCAGACAUUUUUACCAAAGCUCUGGCUAAGCCGCAGUUUUUAUAUUUGAGGAAUCUUCUGGGUAUGAGUACCCGUCCUCAAGUUGAGGGGGGAAAUGGACUUGAUGCAGUGCUCGUCUCCUCAAAUAAUACCUCCAUCGUUACGCCGCAGUCAUUUUCGAAGACUCGACGACGCAAAGAUCAAGAGAUUGAAUCUUGA